UCUCUCCCCCCCGUUCUUCUCUCUCCCGUUCUUCAGGUCGACGACGCCAUGCUCAUGUUCGACAAGACCACCAACAGACACAGAGGGUUCGGCUUCGUGACGUUUGAGAACGAGGACGUGGUGGAGAAAGUGUGCGAGAUCCACUUCCACGAGAUCAACAACAAAAUGGUGGAGUGUAAGAAGGCUCAGCCCAAGGAGGUGAUGUCCCCCACGGGCUCAGCCAGGGGGCGCUCUCGUGUGAUGCCCUAUGGGAUGGACGCCUUCAUGCUGGGCAUUGGUAUGCUGGGUAAGGUAGUAUUGAUCAGGACAGGAAGGAUGUGGCUGCACGCGUGAACCCGAUGAGGCCGCAGCUGCCUUAAAGGUCACGUGGUGCCUCGUGGCGGGCGGCGGCGGGGGAGAAAGCUGACCACUUUAACUGAGCUCAGCUCGAUAAACAUUUUAUAUUCAGUGUUUAAACCUGCAAGUAAACAUUUAAAUCACUAAUUAGCCUGAUUACAGGAAGUCCUGUCGUCUAAACACCUAAAAUCUUUAACUUUGUCACAUUAAAAUACACAACUACACUACAGACAACAUUUAACACAAACUAUUUACAUCAUAACUAAAUAAAUAAGGAAGAACCAUGAAUGAAUUAUGGUCUUUUUAGCAGCAGUCAAACCUAAGGUGUCGUCAUUAACGUCCAGGUGAAAUUAAAAAUGUCCGUUUAACCCUUUAAGAUCAAAUCCUCACUUAUAUUGUUCCCAUAUUUAACAAUUUAUGCCAAAAACAUUCACAAAAACUAAACUUAUUUGUGUUUUUGUAUCAAAAUCCAAUUAUUGGAUAUAUUUUAUGGAGAGAAUAUUAUAAUAUAGCGUCUGUACAGUGUGACAAAAAAAUACAUAAUACAUAAACUUACAGUGGAUGAGCUGAUGUGGUUUAAUGAGAUAAAUACAAAUAUUGUCCUAAAUUAAAUCAUUAAAACCUAUAAUUUGAAAAUGAAUUUACAGGUCUUAAACAUUUAUUGGGUUGAUUAACUUAAUGUUACUCGUAUAAAGUUGCAUGUUUGAGUCCUCUCACACUUUCUUUUAGGUUUGUUUCAGGGAACAAUAUCAUAUUUAAUAUAUAAAUAUUCUAAUUAAUCAUCACAUCAGUUUUCCUUCAUAUACUUCCAACUUUUUUUUGCCUAUUUGGACAUAAAAUAGGUCUUAAAUUGGGUUCAUAAAGGUCUUAAAAAGUCCUGCAGAACCUCUGAUUAUAGUUUUACUUAUAACCACAAUGAUUAAUAUGUUAUAAAAGGUUUAAUGUCACAUUUAAAUGAAUUUAUUUUUGUACUUCCAGUAAGUUUUUGGACGGAUUAAUAACAGAAAGGUCCAAACAGAAACCCAUAAUGCACCACUCUAAACCCCAAACCUCCGCUUUAUAACCCCUUAUAGACCUUUUUCACAGCAGCUGUGUUGGACAUUAAAUAGUUGGGUAAACACCGGUGUUACAAUGAUUCAGUUACAUCGGUUCCACCUGUGUUUACCCAACUAUUUAAUGUCCAAAUCAGCUGCUGUGAAAAACGCUCAUUAUUAGACGUUUUUCGGUCUCAAGCCUAAGAUAACCACCCGAUGACAUCACUAUGACGUCAUCCGGGGUUAUUUUUAAAAA